AUGCACUAUAUGAAGGCUUUAGAUGUUUUAAAAACCUUUAAAAAUCGUGACGAAAAGCAUAAUUAUCUCAAAAGUGAUUUGUGCUUGCAUAUUGCGGCUAGUCUUGUAGGACAGCGUGAAUUUAGCAAGGCUCAAGAGUAUUGCAAUCGAGCGGAAGAAGCGGCUAAACUUAUAGAUGAUCAAGAACAUGAUCUUGAGGUCUCUGCCACCUGUCACAAUAUAGCAAAUGCUUAUGUUCGUCAAGCCAACGAAGCUCUUGUAAUGUUCCAUAAAGCAGUAGAUAUUUACAUUCUAGCAUUUGGAGACAAUCAUCCAGAUCUCGCCACUAUUUAUGAUAAUAUGGCGAAGAUAUACCGCGAUAAAAAUAACAUUGAGGAAGCUGAAAGAUUGGAUUAG